CAGCGCAGCCGUCGCAGCCUGGAGGUUAUAAAAGGGCUAACUGGCUCCCUCUGCUGCCCAGUCGCGCCGUCAGCGGGCUGAGGGAAGGGGUUAGUUAGCCGGCCGAGCGCAGGCGACCGGGGACUGAAGAACGCGCAGCCCUCCCGUGCCACUUCCCAGGUGUGCGAUCCUGUAAAAGUAAGCCUCUGAAGAUGAUCUGGUGUAUUUUAGUUGUAGGGUUUCUACUUCCCCAGUCUUUGGCUGAUCCAGGCUUUUAUACUUCAAUUGGUCAGAUGACUGAUUUGAUCCGUACUGAAAAAGAUCUGGUGACUUCCCUGAAAGACUAUAUUAAGGCAGAAGAGGACAAAUUAGAACAAAUAAAAAAAUGGGCAGAGAAGUUAGAUCAGUUAACCAGCACAGCAACAAAAGAUCCAGAAGGAUUUGUUGGACACCCUGUAAAUGCAUUUAAGUUAAUGAAACGUCUGAACACUGAGUGGAGUGAGCUGGAGAAUCUGGUCCUUAAGGAUAUGUCGGAUGGUUUUAUCUCUAACCUAACCAUUCAGAGACAGUACUUCCCUAAUGAUGAAGAUCAGGUUGGGGCAGCCAAAGCUCUAUUGCGUCUCCAGGAUACCUACAAUUUGGAUACAGAUACCAUCUCAAAGGGUGAUCUUCCAGGAGUAAAACACAAAUCGUUUCUAACAGUUGAGGACUGUUUUGAGUUGGGCAAAGUGGCCUACACAGAAGCAGAUUAUUACCAUACAGAACUGUGGAUGGAACAAGCACUAAGGCAGCUGGAUGAAGGCGAGGUUUCUACCAUUGAUGAAGUCUCUGUUCUAGAUUAUUUGAGCUAUGCGGUGUACCAGCAGGGAGACAUGGAUAAGGCACUUUUGCUCACAAAGAAGCUUCUUGAACUAGAUCCUGAACAUCAGAGAGCUAAUGGUAACUUAAAAUAUUUUGAGUAUAUAAUGGCUAAAGAAAAAGAUGCCAAUAAGUCUGCUUCAGAUGAUCAAUCUGAUCAGAAAACCACACCGAAGAAAAAAGGGGUUGCUGCGGAUUACCUGCCAGAGAGACAGAAGUACGAAAUGCUGUGCCGUGGGGAGGGUAUCAAAAUGACUCCUCGGAGACAGAAAAAACUCUUUUGCCGCUACCAUGAUGGAAACCGGAAUCCUAAAUUUAUUCUGGCUCCAGCCAAACAGGAGGAUGAGUGGGACAAGCCUCGUAUUAUUCGCUUCCAUGAUAUUAUUUCUGAUGCAGAAAUUGAAAUUGUUAAAGAUCUAGCAAAACCAAGGCUGAGCCGAGCUACAGUACAUGACCCUGAGACUGGAAAAUUGACCACAGCACAGUACAGAGUAUCUAAGAGUGCCUGGCUCUCUGGCUAUGAAAACCCUGUGGUGUCUCGAAUUAAUAUGAGAAUACAAGAUCUAACAGGACUAGAUGUCUCCACAGCAGAGGAAUUACAGGUAGCUAAUUAUGGAGUUGGAGGACAGUAUGAACCCCAUUUUGAUUUUGCACGGAAAGAUGAGCCAGAUGCUUUCAAAGAGCUGGGGACAGGAAAUAGAAUUGCUACAUGGCUGUUUUAUAUGAGUGAUGUGUCAGCAGGAGGAGCCACUGUUUUUCCUGAAGUAGGAGCUAGUGUUUGGCCCAAAAAGGGAACUGCUGUUUUCUGGUAUAAUCUGUUUGCCAGCGGAGAAGGAGAUUAUAGUACACGGCAUGCAGCCUGUCCAGUGCUGGUUGGAAACAAAUGGGUAUCCAAUAAAUGGCUCCAUGAACGUGGACAGGAAUUUCGAAGACCAUGCACCUUGUCGGAAUUGGAAUGACAAACAGACUUCUCUUUCUCUCCUGUUGUACUCUAAUGUGUCUGAUACACACAUUUCCCAGUCUUAACUUUGAAGAGUUUACAAUUGACUAACACUCCAUGAUUGAUUCAGUCAUGAACCUCAUCCCAUGUUUCAACUGUGGACAAUCACUAACUUUGUGGGGUUUUUUUUUCUUUUAAAAGUAACACUUAAAACACCACAUCUUACAUAUGAAACCUUAAAGUUCAUUUGGUAUCACAGAGGACAAAGCAAGGCAGGGUAAAAAAAUGAGGAAUUUUUACAUUUAUGGUAUAUUUUAAAGAACUUUUUUUGGUUGGAUAAAAAAUACUAUUUAAGCAUCUGAUUAUAGUAUUUCAGUACAUCUCAGUUGGUGGGUGGUAGGAUAGAAUGGUCCGUGUGAUUAAGGAACAGAUGCCGUAUAGUACGUACCUAGGUGUUAUGUUUACCUAGUCUUAACUCCCUUCUGGAUCUGCCUGAAGACUAGGAAUAAAUUAGCCCUGUAAACUGGGUUCCAUACAAUGUUUGCCCCUCCAUAUGCUAUUCUAAUUUGAUUUUUUUUUCUCCCAAGUCAUUUUUAAAGUAUGCUUUAUUUUACCAAUCCCCUUCUUUCAUAGCUCCUCUGUGGUGAAUUAAAUCUGAGUUACAAUACUUUGAUUUAAAAAAAAUUGUUUUACAGAAGGUCCUACAUUAAAAGACUGGGCCUUCUUAACUAAAAUGAUCAUGACUUAGUCUGUUUCUUGUUUUUCUUAAAUGACUGAUGAUUUAGUCCAAAAAAUUAUGCUGUUUUUCUUAGUGCUAAUUCCUUGCCUCUUAUUUCAGCUACCUACAGCAGGGGAUGAUGAUGUUGGCAUUCGGAUUAAAAAAAUAUCGUGCCUUAGGAGACUGGAAAUUUAAAAAUGUACAAGUCCUUUCAAUGAUGAGGGAAUUGAUAAAAAAGGAGUUUUUCCUAAAAAGCCAAAAUGUUUGUUUUUUCAAUUCUGAAAUGUGUUGUGACAACAGUGACCUAUUUAUGAUCUUAAAUCUUUUUUUUUUUAAAUGUUUCCGUUUUCUGUGUGGUAUUUUUCGUAUUUAAAUGUGAAUGUGUGCUAUAGCAAUAACAGGUUAUUUCUUUAGAAUUAGGACUUAGAUUUAUCCUCCUGAUUUUCAUUCACUCCAAAGUCACAUUGUUAUGGUAGAAAAUUAAGGCUCUUUUAACUUUCAGAUAUUUAAUCAACCAAAAUAUGUUACCUUCAAAGGGAGCUCUACAACUUUAUUACUAUGGUUAUGGAGUUUUUACAGUAAUGCUACUUAAGAUUUUCUGUUGUUCA